AUGGUCUUUAAAGCGCGACGGAUCAGCGAGAAAAGGCACAUUCGGCUGAUAGCGUGGUCCUGCAUCAACAUGAGCAAGCUCUUCUUCUUCGUGGUUGUGCUUGUGGCGGCCGUCGUCGGCAAGGACCUCAGCAGGUCCAAGAGGCAACUUUCUGUCUACUACAUGUGCGGCAACGGCGGCUCUUCCUACGUCUCUCAGUAUCGUUAGUGCCUUUUUUUCAUUAUAAAAAAAAGAAAAAAAUUUUUAAUAAAAAAAUUUAUUUUUAUUCGUCAAUAGAAAGAAGCAAGAAUGUUAAUAGGAUUGAUAGGAUGUGCAAGUUCGGAAUGAAAAAAAUAGAACCCGAUUAAUCUCAAAAUGAACUUUCAUUUUUGAGUCUGCGGAGAAAUAUACGCAAAGCGGAUAUGAACUUUUGAACAACUUUCUUUUAUUGAGUUUCAUAGGUUUUAAGAGCCUGAAAUGAAACCUCGCAACUGAUCAGAAACCCCUUACAACGUUUCAGCUUGUGCUGUGAACAACAACUGCGGCAACGGCUGUAACUACAACAAUGUUGCUCUUCCGAACUCCUUCUACAGCCCUUAUUCGAACUGCAACAACGGCUGUUCCAACCUCAACUGCAACCAGUACAGUGGGCAGUACAUCAAUGGGUCAGAACUCAGAAAAGAGCAUAGUUCGAUUGAAAAAAACAAAUUCCAGACAGUAUAUCGCCUACGCAACGGGCUCCAACUUGUAUUCGCCUUGCGCCAGUUCUUGCUGUCAGUCAUUCAAUCCGACCAACAGCGUCAACAACGGCUACGUCGUCGGCGGCAUCGGUCUGAACACCAACGACGGCAUCUACAAUCCUUACAACAACGUCUUCGGCAAUAACGGUCUUCCAAUCAACAACAAUGGGAUUUCUACCGGCUUUUUGGUAUUUUCCACACAGAUUAUAUUCAUAAAUCAGUUUCAGCGGCGGUUCUCUGACUUCACCGGCUCUCUGACUGCAAAUGGAAGUCGGUAAUUUCCCUGACUAACACUUUUUUUUUGUUAAUAUUUACUAAUAAACUUUUUCUCUAGAGUUUUGUGAACUAGAUAACUUUGGGAAUUUGUCUUAAUUAAUCGAAAACAACAUUUUAAAACCGUGAACGGAAAGAAAUGUGGACGGUGGAGAGCCUCAGGCCUAAACUAGAUUUAAUUAAAUCACGAUUGAAAGAACAUUGAGUUUCUUAUUCUCCGAUCCUCGAUUAACAUACUUGUUUUGUCAUAUAUAAUUUUUAUUUAAACUUUUCUCCUCCUUCUUCUUCUAUAAUUUUCAGGGCAUAUUUUGCACUGACGAUCGUACUUCGGAAUGAGACUGUGAUCACAGUCUUUUUUAAACACUGAGUUCGAAAGUCAAUCUCAGCCUGUUUCGCUUUUCUUUGAAUUAUAUAGUCUGUUCAGAUUUUGAAUGUCAAUGCGAUAAACCAAUCACAGAGUGGGCCAUCCACGAAGCUUAUCAAGUGACGUUAGUGGACUUGAAAUCCAAAAUCUCAACAGAUUAUAGUUUCUGUUCGAAAGCGAUAGCAGAAGAAGAAAAAACAAAAGAUCACAACCUCAAGAAAAUCCGAAAUCAGCUUCAAGGAACUGAUUCCGGCCCCAUUUAGAAGUCUCUCUGUGGAUUCAGAAAAUGCUCUUCAUCGAAGUUUUCUGCCAACCAAAAACUUUUGUGAAAUUACGUUAUUAUUAAGAACACGAAUAUGUCACGGAUUUUUGGAAAACUCUGAUGGAACCAAUUGGAAACUGAGUUGCAGUGCUUCUUUGCGGAGGAUCGGAGCCGGCAGGAGGUCGAUGUCCCAACGGAUUCUGCCCUUAUGGACACACUUGCGUGAGCGGAAACGUCUGUUGUCGUUGCGCCGUUGGAGCAAGCGCUGGUGAGGGACCACUUAAGAGCUCUGAGGACGGAUCCUUGCAGGGACCUGCUCGACGGACUCCAACUGCUCGGCUGGCUACAGCUGCGGUCCCGCGGGCUUCUGCUGCGCGUCGCUGGUCAGCAGGACCACUGAACUCGUUUCUUGUGUCGACGGCCUUUGCAUUGACGGCUACGAGUGUGGCCUCGGAAAUCUCUGUUACCCAGCCAAAAACUUCAAAAAGUAAUGAACUUCUCUUGUUAAAGUUGUUUUUAUUUGCCAAUGUCUAAUUAAUUAAAUUAAUAAUUGUUGAAUCUUUGGGUUUUUUUGUAUGAGGCACCAAGAUAAACAUAUCUGGUUUUACGUUUCUUUCAGUAACUAGAAAUGACGAAGAAAAUCAAACAAGAGCAAAGAUUUUUUUUUUGUUGACUGAGGACACCGCCUUGAAAAUUUCUACACUCUUGGUGAGAGUAGAUGACUAAAAUGAAGAAUUCUAUAGCCAACACCAAGAUUGGCUUCAGAAGUUCUUUUUCGAUUUGAGAAAAAAGCGGUUGGGAAAAAAAAAGAGAAAAACGGAUUGAGUUUCGUUGAAACCGCUACUCGAGUGAACUCUGGAUGGUCUCGUAGUACAAAUAUUGGGAGUUAUUCGUGUCCUUGAGACUGUUGACACGUUUGCCAACACAUUUAAAAGCAGAUAGUUGGGUCGCCCUCGUAAUCAUCAUGACUUCCGUUACUUCCCUGUUUCUCGCUGUCGUUCUGGUUGGAGCUGGAGCAUCAGUAGAUGAAAUAACGAAUAUUUCUCGUGAGAAACGAACUGUAACCUACUACUACUUGUGCGGAACUUAUCCCAACCAACGACUUCAAACUCAACGUAUGACUUUUUUUUUUCCUUCUGCCUUAACUUUCACGAAUUUCGAAGAAUUUUCAUCAUUGAUAUUUCAGCUUGUAACAGUUGCAACAACUGUGGCGGCGGGAACGUGUGUCAGGUCGGCUGCACGUCUUCUAACUUUUGUAUGUCGAGAAACCAGCAAUGGCGCUGCAUCGACGGCUGCUGCAAGGUAUCCUCAUCUUUUCAAACAUGAAUUGGAGCAACGGUGCCAACACCUUCGUGGAAACCGGACUCAUCGUUAAAAUCAUUCAGAAAAUCAACAUAAAAUGGAGAACUCUGAAAUUUAAACUUGAAUUAACAUUUGUAUGAGGAUUAUAGUUAAAACUAUCGAGUGGUGGAAGGACUAACGAACAAAAAUUUUUAGACCCCGAGCUACCAACCGACGCUCCCACCCCACACGACGACAAGAGGGCCUGGUUGGUUUCCAAUACCCUUUUCAGCUUUACAAAAGUCUUGUCCAGCUCCCGUUUGUGGCGGGCGUGAGGUUUCUGGCGGCUACUGUGGAAGCAGGAGCACCUGUGCCGCCGGAUAUCUCUGUACCAGCUCCAACAUUUGCUGUCGAUGUGCUUACGGGACUAGUGUUGGUUCGUUUUAUGGUCGAAAUGUCUCAGAAAGUGAAGUUUUCCUUUUGAAGAGAUACCCAUGAAGAAAGAUCCUCUUCAAAUUUUAGAAAACUCAUCUGAACUUUUUCGGUUUACAUUGCGAAAACCAGUCAUGUUGGGGAGAGUUCGAGAAUAAAAUGAAAAGUUCAUUAGAAAAUUCAACGCUACUCUAAGGCUUUAGACGCAAACUUGUUCUGCGCCAUUCGGGUUUAACCUAGGCGGCUGCAAAUUGUUCACAUUUUCAGGUCCUUGCGUCAACGGCCAAUGUCCUGAAAACACACAGUGCAAUCCAAAUAAUGAGUGUUGUCCGUAUCAAGUUGGAAAAUGA